AUGCUGAAGGAAACUGUGUUUUCUGUUAUGCCGGUGGAUUAUGGAUUUCUUGAUAGUAUCAUGUUCGCGUUUUCCAUAGUGCUGGAACGUAUUUUGUCGAUGGUGAUGUCACGUGAGGUGCUGUUGUUGUUCCUUUUGCUUGUAUGUACCGCUCUUCGUGUGCUUGUUCCUGAAUUGUCCCGAGUGGCAAAGGAGAAAUUUUUUUAUUUUUCGCGUGUCUAUUUGGUACGCCGUGUCACGGCACACUUGUGUAUGGCGUCGGUUGGGAUUUUGUCGGAUCGUAAUGCGCUUCUGCAGAAUGCCAUUUUUUAUUUUCUUUACCACAACUUUUGGCGAACAUCACUGCCCUCCUCCGUGUGGAAGAAUAAGAAGUCACUGCUUCUGUUGAUGGAUCCUCUGCGUCAUUCAUGGGAAGAGCGAUAUGACUCUCCUUUUAGGGUGGAUUUUUUUGGUGACGCUGAUGAUGGGUUUCGUGAAGAUGUGAAUUGGCGGAGCCAAAGGGAGUUUGCGCGUUAUUUGUUGGUGCGGGUGCCGGUGGAAGGUUCGUGGGUGCCAGUAAGCGAGGAUGGUGUGGAGUUGACGUAUGAUCGGCAGCGAGAAAAAAUUGAUGGCAAUGAAGGUGUGCAGCGAACAAUAUUAUUGCGUGCCGUAGGGGAUUCGGAUGCUGAUGAGCGGAUUAAACGUUUUUUGCAGGCUGCGCUGGAUUUCUAUGUAGGGAUGCUGCCAAGCGUCUUGAAUUAUGGCAGAGUUUUCCUUCAAAUGCAUGCGCCGCCGGGCGAGCGGGAAAGCGAAGGUCGUGUGUUCUUCAAGCGGUAUCCUCUUGUCCAGCAAAAAACGUUUGACACCUUGUUUUUUCCGGAGAAGCGUAAAAUCUUGAAGAUGGUGGAUGACUUUUUGGCAAAGAGGGGACGUUUUGCGACGGAAGGGUUCCCUGGGAAACUCGGAUUUCUUCUGUACGGUCCGCCUGGCACGGGCAAAACGUCUUUUGUAAAAGCACUCGCCGCGUACACGGGACGUCACAUUGUCUCUGUGAAUUUGGCAUUUCUUCGAUCAAAUCAGGAACUUUAUGACAUCUUUCUCAGUCGCGAGUUUUACUGCGUUGGGGAUUCCAACCCCACUUAUUUUGGAGUUGGGGAUGUCAUCUUUCUCCUUGACGACGUGGACACGUCGAGCUCAAUGGUGCGCUCGCGUGUGCGGAAAAGGCCUGUGCGCAUGCAUCGUGCCGCAACGCUUGAGUCCUGUGGGAAUUCUGCAGCAAUUCCAUUCGGCGGUGAUGCUGACAAAAGGGACGACACGGAAAUUGUCGCCGCCGACGACAGCGACGAGGAAGACGGGGACAAAAGUACCGACGAAGAGAACGAAGACAGUGAGGGUGGCGGGGUGGCCUCUCAGCAACAAAUAACUCUUGUCAACCAGAUCUUGCGUAGCGUCUUGGAGUCUCAGCGCCCCGCCGAAUCCCAUGCAUCCUUGGGGGAUGAUCCUGCUCACAAUGAGAAGACAGUAGAUUUCUCGUUUUUAAAGCUUUUGCAAUCCACGGAGUCAGCAAACCUCUCAGGGCUUCUGAAUGUGCUUGAUGGCGCCGUCGAUACUCCUGGUCGCAUUGUGGUGAUGAUCACAAACCACCCGGAGCGGCUUGACCCGGCGCUGGUGCGGCCUGGGCGCUUCAGCCUCAAACUGCGCAUGGACUACAUACAGCUGCCUGCGUUGCUGGACAUGUUGGGACUGCACUUUGGGUCCGUCCGCCCUGCUGAUGGGGGCGACACGAAUGAGAAGACGUCAGGAAAGUUGAGUGCGAACGAAGCGUCUGGAGCAAAGGCGCUCCCAUUACCCAAGCUGAGUGAUGCCGAGGCGGAACGUGUGCGGCAGGCCAUUGCUGCGAUUCAAGAGAAGAAAAAACAAGCUGAGGGUGAUUUUGUGGGCCUUACCAUUUCCCCCGCGGAGAUUGAGUCGAUGUGUACGGUGUGUAACUCACUAGACGAGUUUAUUGACCUUCUUGACUCACGCUUUAAUGAAAAAGAAUAG